CACGAGGAACAUCCACGUGUUGCUAUACGAAACCUUGUCUAGUCAAAAAGCGCAGCUGAAAAGAAAAACGAGUGUGGAGAAAUUAAAGAAGAAGAAGAAGAAUAGAUUAUCUGGUGUGUUUCGAUGGCGAUGACAGUAGCAGCUUCGUCCUCUGUGGCAGUGAUGAUUCCACGUGUUACCUCCGUCUCCGCCAGCUUCUCCGCCGUUCCUUACCUUCCUCCGCUGCCUCCUCGCUCAUUUGGCCGAUCCUCUUUCACUGUUCCGCCGAAGCUAGUUUCAGGUAAUGGUUCGCAGAAGGGUGAAUUGAUGAAGAUGAGAGCUUCUUCAUCAGAUGAGACCUCAACGUCCAUUGACACCAACGAACUCUUCACAGACUUGAAGGAAAAGUGGGAUGGUCUUGAGAACAAGUCGACUGUAAUAAUAUAUGGAGGAGGAGCCAUUGUUGCUGUUUGGUUAUCUUCCAUUGUUGUUGGUGCCAUCAACUCUGUUCCCCUGCUUCCCAAAGUUAUGGAACUUGUUGGUCUCGG